GGACAAGAGGAUAACUUUGUAUAUUAAAUCAUAAUGAUAGUGGUGGAAUUUGAUGGUCAUCAAACUUUCUCUUUGUGGUUUAUGCUUGUCUAGCAGUAGAUUUUUUGAUCCACCACUGAAUUUCAUCUGCCAACACACCUUUGGACUAACGAAAUUGGUCUAUUGAUCCCUGUUCUUCCUUGGUGCAUACUGCCAGAGGAGCACCUAUCUUUACUGUGUCACAUAAAACUGGGGUAAUAAAGGUCUAUACAACCAUAAAAGUAUCAUCAUUUUUAAACAAAAAUUUGGUGAAAGUACAGCUAAUUUCUAACUUCCCUUAGUAUCUCUCUAACACAUAUCGAUCUAUUUAUCUAUCUGUCUACCUAUCUAGCUAGCUAGGUAUGUAUUUGUCUGCUUCAGAUGAUAAGCGACAAGUUGGGCGAAUCAUUAGAGCGUUGGAAAAAAUGUGCUACAGCAUAUAUUCCAGGUCUUUACAGUCUGCAUUCAAAUCUUGUGAUGGUCAACUUUGGCUUUUAUUUCACCCCACCAUGGAAUCUUUCAACUAAAGUACCUGUCCUUCAGAUUUACUGGCGUGUUCCUGAAUUAGAAACGAUAAAUAAAUAAUCAAAACAUAGCAGCUGACAUGCUUGUAAUGGCAGUUAAAUCUUACAGAAAUAAGUCUUCUGCAACCGAAUAUGAAAAUACCUGAAAUAAUAUCACCAGAUACACUGAAUGCGUUGAGACAAGUAAACUGUCGUUUCUACUCCUGGCACAAGGCUUGAAAUUUGGUGGUGGGGCGGGGGGAAUCGGUUACUUUGACCCUGUGCUCACCUCUGAGGAAGUGGUGUUGUACAGAGGAAAGUGUGUGCAAACUGCAACUCUUAAAAGUUUUAGUGGCAAUGAAAACGCUUUGAGCAUCCUUCUAAGAAACACUUUGUUGCUGUACUUAUGGGGUAAGUAUUUGGGUAUCUGCAAGUGAGAGUACCGAGCUUGUGUUUCACAGUUCGGAAAGGUAUCGGAUGUGCACAGAGUUAGGAAAGAUAGCCGAGCUGACAGACAAAGAAACGAGUUGCUGGAAGUAUGGGUGUGUGAAGUUUUAAUCUUUUUCUUUAUUUGAUUUCUUUUUUCAUUUGUAAAAUAUCCGUUUUUAAAAGAAAGUAAAAAAUCUGAAAAUUGGCUAUAAUAAUGUAAGCCUUCCAGUCUCGUUGCCUUGAAGGUAUGAUGUGGAGGAAAAAUUGGAGAAAACAUGGGUUUAAAAAACAAAUAAAUAAUUAAACCAUUUUUAGCCAAUAGCGUUGCAUAAUUUUCUACCUUUAGCCGAGCGGUGUCAACUUUAAUGGUGUACCCUGUAAAAUUUAUAGUUUAGCGUCUCAGCUGUUCAUUGUAGUUUUCUAAAUAAACAGAAAUAGUUAAUUUCAUUGUUGGUUUCUAAAUAAACAGAAAUAUUUACUUUUUGUCUCUUCUUUGUAAUGUGGUGUUAUGAGCUGUGUGUUGGUGGUGGAGAGAGAUGAGGCAAACGGAAGUGAAGCCAGACCGGAAAGGUCGGACACACGCGGUCGAAGGCCAGCACGUCGGGCAGUCAGAAGACAGACAGCUUAUGAGGAAGACGUGUUUUGAUCUAGAGCGAUUGUUUACUCCGCCGCGGUUUACGAGCUAAGGUCCAACGUUUCAUUCUGUCCUUUUGCUUCUUGUUGUCUUUUUCGUCCAUCACGCCACAUGUAUCAUUUUGUAAAUUUAGUAUCUUAAUAUAUUUGUCUGUAUGCGAUCACAUUAUGCGUAUUUCAGUAUAAUAUAAACCUGUCAUAUAUUUGUGUACAUCAUUAAUACAGACACCACCGAAUGACCAACACAGACACAAAACAUACCCGGUUCUACCUGAUUACAUCGACACAGUAUUUCCCAGCUCGAAGCAAAUUGGUAAUAUCGUGUAACGAAUUUUCUAGUGUAUACAACACGUAAAUGCAAGUGUCGGUUAAAUGAUUUAUUUCAACCACAAUCCGAUGCUUUCCCAUUGAUGUCGUCCACAUGCCUAUUUCACCUCCGACCUCAACAACAUCUUAGGCGACGCAUCUCGCUACACUACUUUCGUAUCCAUCGCCAGUUCUCAAAAUCGACCUCGGCGGAAUUUGAACUAACAACGUAAACACCAACGGAAUGGUGCUAAGCAUUUUGCCCGGCUUCGUAAUGAUUCUGCCAGCUUGCCGCUUUCCCGAUGCGGGAUCGAACCCUAGUCACAGAGUGCAGAAAGUGAAAGAAAAUAUUCAAUAUAAACAAAACAUGAUUGGGUAGCGCCACCUACUGGAUCAUUCGGGAAAUAACUUUUUAAAGGGAAACAACCUCUUCAGACUAUUCUUUCCAACGGGCACCUGCUGCGCUGUUUACGUUUUGAAAUGAAUAGCAGACAACUAUGACAUGAAAGAAUUGCUUACAUCAGAUUCAUCAUCAACAUCUGUUACCUCUUAAAGACUAAAGAAAAAUGUUACAUGCAACAAAUAUAUAACUCAAUGGUAAACUACAAUGAAAUAUUUCUUCUGAAUGGAGAUUAAUGGCAGCAUUUCUCUCCUGUACAGUCUGUAACAUGUACAAGAUGGAUGAAGUUUCAAAUAUGUUUGGGGCAUCUUCAGAUAUUGAUGAAAAUCAGAAUUGAUGGGAAAACAUUUGAAAUAAAUGAACGGUAAAAAGUGAAACAACAAAAUAAACAUUGUUCUGAGAGAAGAAAACUAUUGAAACAAUGGCUAAUGUUACAGACUUAAAGGAUUGAUACAUUAUUUUGUUGAAGAGAUGCAAAAACAGACUGAAAAAUACUCAUACCAUUGUGGUAUCUGUCAAAAAUCAUUUUCUCUGGAAAGUAACCUCAUGAAUCACAAAUGAAUUGAUAGAAGUGAGAAACCAUAUCCCUGUGUUAUUUGUGGUAAAUCAUUCUCUAAAAAUAGUCACUUAGCUGAAAACAGAUGCAUUCAUACAGAAUAGCAGAAACUGUGACAUGAAAGAAUUGCUUACAUCAGAUUCAUCAUCAACAUCUGUUAUCUCUUAAAGACUAAACAAAAGUGUUACAUGCAACAAAUGUAUAACUCUAUGGCAAACUACAGGGAAAUAUUUCUUCUGAAUGGAGAUUAAUGGCAGCAUUUCACUACUGUAGUCUGCAUUAUGUACAAUAUGUAUUCUCAUAAAUAAAUUUGGAUGAAGUUUGAAAUGUGUUUGUGGCAUCUUCAGAUAUUGAUGAAAAUCAGUAUUGAUGGGAAAAAUAGCUGUGAAACAUUUGAAAGAAAUAAUUGAUAAAAAAUGAAAUCUGAAAAAAAAUAUAUAUUGUCCUGAGAGAAGAAAAUUAUUGAAACAAUGGCUAAUGUUACAGACUUAAAGAAUUGAUUUAUUAUUCUGUUGAAGAGUUGCAAAAAGAGACGGAAAAAUCCUCAUACCAUUGUGGUAUCUGUCAAAAAUCAUUUUCUCUGGAAAGUAACCUCAUGAAUCACAAAUGAAUUGAUAGAAGUGAGAAACCAUAUCCCUGUGUUAUUUGUGGUAAAUCAUUUUGUCAAUCUGGUGUCUUAAAUCAACACAAACAUACUCAUACAAGAGAAAAAACCAUAUCAGUGUAAUGUCUGUGGUGAAUCAUUCUCUAGAAAGAAUGGUUUCUCUACACAGGCGUUUUCAUACAGGAGAAAAACCAUAUCACUGUGACAUCUGUGGUAAAUCAUUCUCUGGAUCUGGUCCCUUGACUACACAUAAACGUACUCAUACAGGAGAGAAGCCAUAUCACUGUGACAUCUGUGGUAAAUCAUUCUCUGAAUCUGGUCACUUGACUAGACAUAAACAUACUCAUACAGGAGAGAAGCCUUAUCACUGUGGUCUCUCUGGUGAAUCAGUCUCUAGAAAGGAUGGUAUCUCUACACACAAACAUGUUCAUGCAAGUGAGAAGCCAUAUCACUGUGAUAUCUGUGGUAAAUUAUUCACUACUACUCGCCACUUAACCAGACAUAUUCGCAUUCAUACAGGUGAAAAGCCAUAUCAUUGUGAUAUCUGUGGUGCAUCAUUCUCUAGAAUUGAAUACUUGACUAAGCACAAACGUACUCAUACAGGAGAAAAACCAUAUCACUGUGACACCUGUGGUAAAGCAUUCUCUGAAUCUGCUCACUUGACUAGACAUAAACGUACUCAUACAGGAGAAAAACCAUAUCACUGUGAUAUCUGUGGUAAAUCAUUUCCUGAAUCUGGUCACUUGACUAAACAUAAACGUACUCAUACAGGAGAAAAAGCAUAUCAGUGCAAUAUCUGUGGUAAUUCAUUCUCUACAAAUAAUGGUCUCACUAUACAUAAACGCAUUCAUACUGGUGAGAGGCCGUAUCACUGUGACGUCUGUGGUAAAUCAUUCUCUGAAUCUGGUCACUUGACUACACAUAAAAGUACUCAUACAGGAGAGAAGCCAUUCCACUGUGAUAUCUGUGGUAAAUCAUUUUUUCAAACUGGUCAUUUAAUUCAACACAAACGUACUCAUACAGGAGAAAAACCAUAUCACUGUGAUAUCUGUGAUAAAUCAUUUUCUUUAAAUACUUAUUUGACUAACCAUAAACGCAUUCAUACUGAUGAGAAGCCAUAUCACUGUGAUAUCUGUGGUAAAUCAUUUUCUCAAACUGGUCAUUUAAGUCAACACAAACGUACUCAUACAGGAGAAAAACCAUAUCACUGUGAUAUCUGUGAUAAAUCAUUUUCUCAAAGUGCUCAUUUGACUAAACAUAAACGUAUUCAUACUGGUGAGAAACCAUAUCCCUGUGAUGUUUGUGGUAAAUCAUUCCCUGAAUCUCGUCACUUGACUACACAUAAAUGUACUCAUACAGGAGAAAGACCAUAUCAGUGCAAAACCUGAGGUGAAUCAUUCUCUGUGAGUACUUACUUGAAUGAGCAUAAACACAUUCAUACAGAGAAGCUAUAUUAGUAUGAUAUCUGUGGUAAAUCAUUCUUUCAUUUAAAUUCCUUAGAUAGUCACAAACGUUUUCAUAGAAGACAACAAUACAUCUGUGAUAUCUGUGGUAAAUCAUUCACUUCAAGGUUUAAUUUAACUACUCAUAUAUGCAAGAGAAAAAAUAUAUCACUGAGUUUUAUGGUAUAUCAUCUUUUCAAACAAACAUUUUUCGUACUCACAAAUGUAUUCAGACAGGAGAAAAGUCACAGCAUUUGCAUAUCUGUGGGAAUUUAUUCUCUAACAAAAGUGAGUUAGCUCUCCAUUUAGCUAUUCACUUGGAAGUGUAACUGUAUUAUUGUCCAAGUUCAUUACCUCACACAACAAUAAACCUCUCAAGACCGUUUUUUAUUUGCUGAAGCGAUACCCUCAACUUUACCUAAUAAGCAAUCUCAUUUUGUUUCCCCAUUUUGAAAUGAUCUUUUAAAGCUAAAUGCUUUUCCUUAUGCCAGCCGUUUAAUCACCUUUUACAUUACAUAGGCAUGCCAUACAUGUGCUGUAAAACCAAGAUACACUUUUUGUCAAUGUUCAUUCUAUGAUAACUUUAAAAUCAUCAAUGUAUUCACAAAGGAAAGAAAAUAUAAUGCUAUUUUACAUAUAACUACAACUAUUUCAACAUAAGUGUGUCACUUACUACUGUAAUAUUUCUAAUAAAAAUCAUUUAUUCAC